GUACUCGUAUCAUCAUGGACGUUAAACUAGUGCUGUUGAUCUUCGGGCUACUGACGCUCUUGGACACGCAGGUGGAAGCUGAUUAUAUCUGGCACAACGACGAGAUACCAUACGAAGCGAAAGCGACCUGCAAAAGAAGUACUUCGUACUACAGCAACAGUAUUAAUGCUAACAACACGGACAUAGACGUCGCGAGCGAUAUCGAUUCCCUUCUGGAUUAUUCCAACAAAGACGUCUGUUUCUUCUGUGUCUGCUCCGUUGAUGGCAGACACGCAGGCUGCAUCAGUAGAUCACCAUGGUUCUGCGAAUACUACAGAGUCCUUAGGACUCCCGGCGCAGCGAAGCAUCGUUACCACAGAUUGUUUCAACAAGACAGACCGGCUUAUUUCAGACAAAUAUCGUACAGAUUAAGAAGGACUAUGGACGAUGGCCUUGUCGCAUUUUAUGACGCUGUGGGUGAGGAUGCUAUUAAUAAUACUAAGUGUAUUCCGUUUGUCUCCGAAUAUUCUGAUUGCACUGAAGCCAACUAUUGCUCAGGCUGCAGUCAAUGCAAGUGCAAUGAGAGUGGCCAGUGGGAGUGCAAGGAGGUGUUCAUGUGCCCUGGCUCGGAGGAAGAGGCUCCCGACCAGGACACUAUAAUAACUACAAUAGACAACAUACAAAAGUAUUUAGAACUCAAAAACAAAGAGGAAAACCCCCGUAAAUUGGUUCCAUCGCCGUCAAACGAUAAAGAUGAACUGAUAGAAGAAAAUCCUUACGAAGAAAAAUUCGAGACAUGGUUCACAAGGCAAAAAAGAUCUCUUAUAGAAGAAUCCGGAGAAAAAAGACUUGAAAAUACAACAGUUAAAUUCUUUCAUACAGUUGACGAAAUUAACGAAGAUACCCUUAAGACUUCAAAUAAAACAGGAACAAUUGAGGUACAAAAGGUACAAGCUAAUCGACUUCCGAAAAUAUCACGAAGAACAGACGUAAUAGAUGAUUUUAACAAAUCUACACAAAGUGCGCUGCAUAUACGAUAUAACAAACCACAAGAUUAUGAUCGUCAUAUUGCUGAAAAUAAGAUAGAUGCAGCAUCUCACGUUGCGAGUAAGUUAGAUGAAAACGAGCUUCAGAAGCUUAUCGGUAACCAUUCUCAAGUUAAAAAAGACAAAGAUUUGUCAAAACUUGUUGUUAAUGAACUCAAACUUGGUGAUGAAAUUAUUGGUGAUAAGAAUUUCACACCAAUAUCGAACAUCACAUUUACCCCUGAAAAUGAUACAUUAACUGCGAUGGCUUUUAUUGCUGGUAAUCUUUUGAGUAAAUUAUGGGAUAUGGAGAAAGAUGCAGGUGAUGAUUCAAUUGAAACCGAGGUACUAAAACAUGAAAAAAUUAACGAUUUACUGGAACUUUUUAAAGAACCGCUUAACAUAAGGCAAGAAACCUUCCUCAAAAAUGCUUUAGAAAAGAUAUCAGAUUCUCUCAAUAAAAACAAGAGUAUGAAACAUUUUUCUAUUUGCGAAACAAUUACAGGAUUAGAUAUGUCUCAGGGUAGUGAUGAAACAGGUGACAUGGAAGGCAUUAAAGAAGCUAAACGUAAUAAAACUAAGUGUAAGCAACCUGAGCAUAACAAACAACCAACGAAAAAAGAAACCCAAUAUAAUAUAACUGUAGAAGUAGUAACCAAAUUAAACAACGUGUUAGGUCUCAUAAAAAAGUAUGAAAAUGUUCAGGAAAAAUUAAAAGAUAUGAAACAUCCUAUAUCCACAGAACGCAUAAAUGCUAAAGGUGUGGAUAAGAAACCAUCAUUUGAACUUUUUGGAAACUUAUUAGAUAAAAUAACAAAACUUUUAAUUCCAAAUAAAAGUAAAAGAGUGGGAAAUAAACUAAAGAAAUCGUAUCAAUUCACUAACAAAAGUAAUAUUAAUAAUAUAUUUGAAAGUAAAUUUAACAUAAAUUUAGGCAAAAUAAAUAUGACUACGAAAGAUAAGUUAGUUUUAGAUUACCUCAAACACAUAGAAGGUAAUCCUGAUUGCUUAUUCAGAAAUAACAUCCAGAGAAACCCUAAUCUUAGUAUGAAUAUUGAAGGAAAUAUACUAUACAAUUUAUCAGAAUUUUUCAAGGUAAAAUCACUAGUUGAUUUAAUGAAAUUAACAAAAUCUGAAAAUGUAAUCGAGAAAAACAGUAAGUCAACAACUGAAUUUCCUAAUGAAAGAACGAGUUUUAAGAGUUCAUUGCGAAAUAAGAUGAUUGAUGAAGAAAAACAAUCAAGUAGCACUAAAGAUAAGCUAAAGUCACAUUUAAAAGCGAUUGUGGAUGAUUUGCAACACUUACAAUUGGAGCGUGGUGUAAAUAAAAUUGAAAAUAUUAGUAUAAUGGAUAUAAUGCCUUGUAUUUACAAAAUUUUGAAUACAAAUAAAGUUAUGAAUGACCAAACUUUACAUAGAUCAAACAUAACUCAAGGUACACAUUUAGAUAAAAUUAAAAAUUUGUUACAUACAUUAAAACUUGAAAUUCAGGCUAAUUUACCGACUCGUAGAAGUAAUUUCAUUUCUCAAGAAGUACCAAAAUCCGCAAAAAUAUGGGAAAGAAUGAUUGAAAAUAUAAAUAAUGCUCAGAAAAGUACUCGCCGAAGAUUUGUCACUGAGAAGCCUAAAACUUAUGAAGAACUAAAAGAUAUUAUGGAAAAAGUUGAACUGAUGGGUAAUACCUAUAAGAAUUUUGCUUUACUUUCUGAAGUGCCACCUCAAAAACGAUUAAUGUUGUUAAAAACCUUAGAAGCAGAUACAAAACAACAGUCAAUUGCUUUGGCAAAUAUAAAGAGCUCUGUGGAUACGUUCUCCUUAGAAAAAGGUAAUGAUAUUGAAGAAUUUAUAGAAAACGUAGCAAACAAUUUACGACUAAGUACUAAAGUAUUAGAAAAUAAAGAAAAAACAAAACAAAUGAAUACAAGGCAAAAGGCUGGAGUAAAACCAUUAUUUAACAACGAAAAUAAACAGGCAUUAAAGAUAUCAAAAACCUUAAAUAUACCUAAAGAAAUUGUUGAAUAUAAAAAUAAUAAUAUCAAACUUAGCAGAGAUCAAAUUUUGAACCAACUUAUUAAAAAUCGAGUGCAACUUUAUUUAAAGUCUAAGGAAUCCAUUGGGGCAGAUCUUACUGACGAUAUAAACUAUAAUAUUGGGAAAAGGAUUUUGAUUCUUAUUCAUAACGGAAACCUUAAUGUUGCCAAAGAGUUAUUCAGAAUUUUUAUUGCUAAUAAACAAAAAGAAGAAAAUGUAUACCCAAAAAAAGGCAAUGGUUACAAACGGUGUUCCAAGGAUCCGCAAAUAUGUCACAGUGAGGUGACUCCGUCAGCAGUGCAUUUAGCGCCGAAAGACUGCGAGGAAUGGGAGAUCUAA